AUGGAGACCCCCAACUGGACCACCUCACAGGAGUUUAUCUUCUCUUCUUUUCCUUAUUCCUGGGGAGAGUCUGUCAUCUGCUUUGUUCCGCUGCUCUUCAGCUAUGCUUUCAUUGUUGUGGUUGGAAACCUGGUCAUCAUCACAGUGGUCCAGCUGAAUACUCACCCCCACACUCCUAUGUCCUUCUUUAUUAAUGUGCUUUCUUUUCUGGAGAUCUGGUUUACCACAGCAACCAUCAAAAUGCUGUCAAGCCUGCUUAGUGAAAGGAAGAGCAUUUCCUUACAUGGUUGUUUCCUGCAAAUAUAUUUCUUCCUUUCCAGAGGCAUCAGUGAGAUGUGUUUCUUGACAGCUGUGGCCUUUAAUCGCUACCUGGCCAUCGGCAGCCCUCUUCAGUAUCCAACUCUCAUGACCCCCAAGCUAUAUGCCCAGCUGACUUUAAGUUACUGUGUUUGUGGCUUUAUCACACCCCUCCCUGAGAUUGCCUGCAUCUCCACAUUGCCAUUUUGUGGCUCAAACCACCCUGAGCACAUCUGUGACUUCCUCUCAGUGCUGCACCUGGCUUGCACAGACACACAAGCCAUCGUCAUGAUUCAGACUGUUGACGUUGUCUGUGCAGUGGAGAGUAUCACAGCAGCGAUGCUCACUGGCAUGUCCUGCACUGGCAUCGUGGCUGUGAUUCUGCAAGUGCAUUCAGUCAAAGGCCACCACAAAGCAUUCUCAACAUGCGUCUUCCACCUCACUGUUACUUUGCUCUUGUUUGGUGAUGUGGCUCUCAUGUACCUACUCUUCUCUGCCACCUACUCCUUGUUCUGGGACACAGCCGUUGCUCUGGGCUUUGCAGUUUUCCCAUUCUUCAACCCCAUUAUUUGUAGCCUGAGGAAUAAAGAGAUAAAAGAAUCUGUAAAUAAGCACAUGUGUCAAGCUAAGAUCCCUUUUUUCAUUAGACCAGGGACCUCAAGUCUAGUCUAUGACCAUGGAAAGAAGAGCCAGUGUCGCUCAGCGGUCUGCUCAGGGCAGGGGUCGCAGCGGCCGGGGCUCCAGGGCGCGGGGCGGGAGGAGGGCUGCGCGGCCGACCCCUCCCGCGGACGGCGACACCGCCGGGCCCGCCCUCCCCGGGGGCUCCGGCGGGCGGGCUCGGGACGUUCUCCCCGUCCGAGAGGCGGCGCCGCCGCGGGCCUUUCGGAGGCGAAGGGGCGCUCGGUGCCGGCGCCCCUGCCGCCCGCCAUGAGGGCCCCGAGGCGGGUCGGCCGCGCCCGGCGCCCGGUGCCGCAGCCUCGCCAGAAACAGCCCCGACUGCGCGGGUCCCCUGUGCAGCUCGCCCUGUCCCCGCUGCCGCGGCCUGAGGUCGGCCCGGGCGGCCCCGCACCCGCGACAGGGGCCCGUGGAGGGCUCAUCGGAAACAGUCUGCGCUCAGAGCUUUUUGGAGCCACCUUUCUGACAACUUUUUCAGUUUUCCUCUCUGAUUAUUGGUCAGUGUAG